CAACAUCGUGACAAUGUAUGAUUCAAGCAAGACUGCAGAAAGCUGCAGGGGCUGUGUUCACGCAGCUGUCCUGAACCAGGGGCGCCUUCAGCUCCAACAGAACUCGAAGAUCGAUGUCGUUAAUAACAGUGCCGACACCACCAUGUCCACCAUUACGCAGCGCCGGGGUGAACAGGCCACCCAGCAACAGCCUCUCGCCAAACAGAUCAGAUCCCCGCCGGACAACGAGGAGGACCACCUAGCCGACGGCUCCUUUGGCGCCGCCAAGUACCCGACCCAUCCCGACGACAUCAUCACCACGACCAUUCACUGCCAAGAGCACAUCACCCCCACCGUCACUAAAGAUUUCAUGCUGCGUGACCUGUCAAUCAUCAAACUCGAGCCCGAAUCCGAGUCCGACACCGACACAAGUAGCAAGGCCGAGGCCAAGGAUAACCUGCACCAGAGUCAAGAGCCGCUUAGCAUCAUCACACUUCUCACAAUGGGCUGGACACCGAACUACACCAUUCUAGAUGAAUUGGCCUGGCCGCACCACAGUUCAGGCGGCACGACGUUCAAAUCCCCCCUCGCCCAGUACAAUUCUCUUCCUGCCAAGAAAGGAGAGAUCACAAGCACAAGCCCGCCCACCGAGUCGUCCUCCACUAACACCAACAACAACCGGAAGGAAGAAGAAGACGAAGCACCCCCUUACGGUGGUGUUGGUGUUACCGUGGAAAGGCCGCCGCCUUAUUCCGAGAUAGUAGUGGCAGCAGCAGCAGCAAAGACGGCGCCGGAGCCGCCAAGGAAGAGGCUGUGCGACGUGUGUGAGAACAACAACUUCCUUCGUACUCUCCAUUACCCGUCCGACAUGAUCAAGUUCCGCUGGGCCUGUUGA